AUGGUUUGCAUUAAGGCCAUUGCUUUCGUAGUUGUAGUUGUCGCUGGUGCAUCAAUUGUCCCGGUGGGUGAGGGCCGCUCUGCUCGGAAGGACCUUGGUCUCAACCUUGGCCUUGGUGGGCUUGGAGUUGGUAUCGGCUUGGGUGGUGGUGUGGGCGCGGGUGGUUCCGGCUCUGGCUCGGGUUCGGGCUCGGGAUCCGGUUCCGGAUCAGGGUCGGGCUCUGGUUCAGGGUCUGGUUCGGGGUCGGGCUCAGGGUCAGGUGGUCUAGGUCUUGGACUUGGUGUUGGAGUCGGUAUUGGUGUAGGUGGUGGUGGUGGUUCUAGUUCCGGUUAUGGGUCGGGCUCGGCAUCUGUCUCUCGUUCUGGAUCAAUUCCAGGCAUAGGAUCUGGUUCUGGAUCGGCAUCGGCUUCUGGGUCAGGCUCAACCUCGGGAGGGGGCGGGCUUGGGCUUGGGGCAGGACUCGGUAUUGGAUUAGGUGGUGGUACCGGUGGCUCUAGCUCGAGUUCAGGGUCAGGCUCAGCUUCGGCUUCGGGCUCUGGGUCGGGAAGCAGCUCAAGCGCUGGAUCAGGUGCUAGCUCUAGUGUAGGAUCCGGGGCCGGAUCAAGUGCAGGCUCUAGUGCCGGAUCAAGUGCAGGUUCAAGUGCAAGCUCUAGUGCUGGAUCAGAAGCAGGUUCCGAAGCCAGAAGAGUGCAAGGCCACCAUUGA